AUGGCUGGAGGAGGUGCAACGAAGUCCCCCGAGGAGCAGCAAGCGGCCAUCGAUGCUGCCUUGGAGAACAAGGCCCUCUCCAACUAUCUGUUCUACAUUUGCGCCAGUGUCUCGGCUGCAGUCAUUAUCUGGAGGGUCUGGACCGUUAUCGUUAAGUACGUUCGAACCGUCGCCUGCCUCAACAACGACAACCAGCGAUACUUUGCCCAGUCCGAUUCCAAGGUGUCCUGGAUGAAAAAGAAUGUUCUGUACGCUCCGGUCCUCAGCAAGCGUCACAACCGCGAAAUUCAGCUCAGCUCCGCCAUCAAUGUUGGCACUCUACCCAGUCGUCUUCAGUUACUGUUCCUCGCCGGCUACUUGGCCACCAAUGUCGCCUUCUGCGUCAUCAACAUCCCGUUCGCCGGCUCCUUCGCCGCUGCAGCUUCGCAGCUUCGGAAUCGAACUGGUACCUUGGCCGUUGUUAACAUGAUUCCCUUAUUUUUGAUGGGCGGGCGCAACAACCCCUUGAUCCAAAUGCUUGGCAUCUCAUUCGACACAUUUAACUUGCUUCACCGUUGGUUCGGUCGGAUUGUUAUCCUUGAGGCCCUCGCUCAUACCCUGGCUUGGAUGGCCAACACUGCGAAUAAGUCGAGCUGGGAAACUGCCAUCAAGUCUGCCACUACUGUCCCUUUCUUGCUCUUUGGCUUCGUUGCUACUUGUGCCUUCGUCGCAAUUGGCAUUCAGGCUUCGAGUCCCAUCAGACACGCAUUUUAUGAGACGUUCAAGCUUCUCCACAUCUUGCUGGCCAUUACGGCCGUCGUUGGCACCUGGUAUCACUUGCAGAUGAAGGCCUUGCCUCAGCUCAAGUACAUGUGGCCUGUCGUCAUUUUCUGGGCCGGUGAUCGAGUUUGGCGCGCCGCUCGCGUCUUCUACGGCAAUGUCGGACACGGAGGCAGCAAAGCCCUGGUUGAGGCACUUCCCGGAAAUGCCUGCCGUGUCACGGUAACGAUGGCUCGUCCCUGGACCUUCGGACCCGGCCAGCACGCUUAUAUGUACAUGCCUGCCAUAAGCCUGUUGCAGUCUCACCCCUUCUCCGUCGCGUGGAGUGAGGAGGCCGAGGACCCCAUGGCCGAGAAGGCUUCCCUCAACCGUCAGGACAUCCUCGCCAUGCGCAAGACUACAAUGUCCUUCGUCAUUCGUGCCCGAACUGGCAUGACCGAUACGCUGUAUCGCAAAGCGGCCGCCUGCCCUGAGGGCAAAAUGACGACAACAUGCAUGGUAGAGGGCCCAUACGGUGGUUUGCACAGCAUGCGCUCCUACGGCACCGUCAUGCUUUUCGCUGGUGGCGUUGGCAUCACUCACCAGGUUCCUCAUGUACGUGAUCUUGUUGCUGGCUAUGCCAACGGAACAGUUGCCGCCAGGAGGGUAAUUCUCGUGUGGACAAUCCAAAGCCCCGAGCAUCUCGAAUGGAUCCGCCCCUGGAUGACGGAGAUUCUGGCCAUGGAGAAGCGCAGGGAUGUCCUUCGCAUCAUGCUCUUUGUCAGUAGGCCGCGCUCCACCAAGGAGAUUCACAGCCCCUCGUCCACGGUCCAGAUGUUUCCUGGUCGGCCCAACAUCGAGACGCUCAUCAAGGCCGAGCAGGAGUCGCAGGUCGGCACCAUGGGAAUCAGUGUAUGCGGCCCCGGUGCUCUCAGUGAUGAGGUGCGCCGCGCUGUCCGUGACCGCCAGCAUGAUUCCGCGAUUGACUUCAACGAGGAAGCCUUUUCGUGGUAG